AUGGGCCAUGGUAAUGACCGCAGCACCGAAGUCAUGGCCGUUGCGGCCGUCUUCAUGGCGGUGGCCUCGGUGACUGUGAUUCUGCGCUGCUAUGUUCGACUGUUAAUUGUGAAGGCAUUUGGCUGGGAUGACGCCGUCAUGGUGAUUGCGAUGUUAUUCUAUGCGAUGUUCUCCGGAUGUAUGAUCGGGGGUGCUCUCUACGGCACCGGGAAGAGGUUCGAGAUAUUGACGGCGCAUGAGCGCGUAACGGCCAUGAAGUAUUGGUGGUUCUGCGAGAUCGCCUACUGCUUCUCCUCCGUCGGCUGCAAGGUAUCGGUCUGCAUCUUCUUGCGUCGCAUCACCGUCAAACGCCUCCACAUCUGGAUCCUGUACAUCGUCAUCCUGCUUACCGUCGUCGCCGGUCUCGCCUUCAUGUUCAUCAUGUUGCUGCAGUGCAAGCCCCUCGAAUACUUUUGGACUCGGAAGGCGUUUGAUCCCAACAUCAAGGGUUCUUGUAUGGACAUGGAGAUCGUCAUCGCCAUGACAUACGUGUAUAGCGUCUUUGCCGCUCUGUGCGAUUUCACCGUGGGAAUUCUCCCCAUCUUCAUGGUUCGCAAGCUGCACAUGCGCCGCCAAACGAAGGUGGCCGUGAUUGGGAUCUUGAGCAUGGCUUGCAUUGCAUCGUCUGCAGUCAUCAUUAGAAUACCCUGGGUGCACACCUUCAAUGAUUGGGACUUCCUCUACGCGACUGUUGAAAUUGCGAUCUGGUCCAAUGUCGAAGUCGGGCUAGGAAUCUCCGCUGGCAGUCUGGCCACCCUUCGUCCACUUCUCCGCUUGCUUCGAGGUUCCAGCACCACGGACGAUUACAUGUCGCCUAUGCCCGGACAAUCCGCCUCGCGUCGCAUCGGUGUCAGCCGCGAACGUGCCCUUCCGCUAGGGUCAAUGGACACCGACGUUCAUGGUCGAUUUCGACCAGAUAAAUUAGUCACAACCGUGACCACCGUUCAUGCCCCCGAUGGCGCCUGGAGUGGCUCAAGUCAGAACAGUAGCGAGGAGCAGUUGAAUUUCGAUCGGUCAAGGUUACCACGAACCUCAGGAGGUGGGGAUGUUGGGUUGAGCAUCCAUCGCACCUUUGAGGUAACACAAACCUCGGAGGCGAAAUCAACCAGCGUGAGAGAACACGUAUAA